AUGUUGUCUCAAGAAGUUCCUAUUCAUCGCACAAAUAAUAAUUCAGUAGUUACUAUCAGUAAUAAAACUGAUACUUUAUUUGAUGCAUUUAAUUAUGCUCCUGGUCAAGAUCGCAAUAUUCGUUGGUUAAGUCGUCCUAAUCAAAAGAUUGUACAAGAAAAAUGUCUUAAUCAUACAGAAAAAUUUCGUAUUAGUUUUGAUGCUGAAAAUUUUCAACCAGAACAAAUUAGAAUCUUCAUUGAAAAUCGUGUAUUAACAAUCACAGGCGUUUAUGAAGAACGUAGUGAAGGACGUUUUACACAAAAACAAUUUGAAAAAUCAUUUGAUGUACCCUAUAAUGCUGAUAUUGAAACUGUAGCAUCAUAUAUAACACCGGAACAUAUGCUUGUUGUAGAAAUUCCUCUGAGUUCAAAUAUUCGCCGACCCUCAGCAGUACAAACGGAUUUGUUAAAUGUUAAUAACGACCAAAAUAAUCAAAGACGUGUAUCAUUUUCAUUAAAUAAGUUCAAUACACUAAACAAUCAAGGUUUAUUGUCUACAAUAAAUAAUCAAGGUUCGUUGUCUACAUUAAAUAACCUAUCACCGUUGCCUGCCGAAGGUCAACAAGUUCGCCGAACAUCAAUCACAAAAACAACAACAACCGCAACAUCAACAGGGUCAACAUCAUUGCCACCAGAAAUAGAAGAGUUACUUCGCAGUGCAGAUAUAACAACAGGUUCUACACAAACUCAUAAUGGACGUGUAACUGAACGACGUCUAUCAAAUACAGGCAGCAAACAAAUAACAACGAAUGAAUCAAAUUCAUCAUCGACAAUAACAUCAACGAAUUCAAAAUCAACAAAUUCGACAUACUCAAAAUUAGCUAAUUUACCAAUUGAAAUACCAGCCGAACUAUUAGCUACUGGUGGUACAAUAACAAUUCAAAAACGAAAAGUUUCAGUGACAAAAACAACAGAUCCAAACGCUAAUAAUCCUGUUCAAGUACCAAUAACAAGUUCUGAUAAUACAAAUUCAACAUCAUCGACAAAUACACAAACAUCAUUAUCUACAAGUACAUCGGUACAGUCACAAUUACCGCCAACGGUUUCUACAGAAAGACGUAGCUCACAAACCAUUUCAAGUAAUAAUCAAAAGAAAACAUUUACACUUGGAGAAUUUCUUCAAAAUACAACUUGGAAUCCAACACUUGUUGAUGGUUCAAAUGGAAAGAAAAUUCUUCAUAUGCGUUUAGCAAUGAAACCUGGCACAAAAGCUGAUCAAUUAACAAUUACACUGAAUGGAUAUGAUUUACGUAUUGAGGUUCACAAUUCAGUCCCAUCUGGUAGCGGCCAAAUGAUAAGCGAACAGAGUUAUCAUCAAAUAACACUUUUUCCUUCAUGUGAAAUUAAUCACCUGGCCACAGAAAUCAAGAGCGAUGGCUUUCUUCAUAUUCAAGUACCAAUUAAAUUAUAA